GUUUUUUCUGUUGUAUGUACUCCACGUGACCUGCGAUCAUUAUUUUUUGUUUUAUAAAGUUUAAAACAAAGGAAUUAUGAAAACUGAAAACCGUGAUUGAAAGAUUAUACUACCUACCCUAAACUUUCAUAUUUACCUGUUACAAAAGCCAGUUUAUGAAAAAAGCUCAUAUUCUUGAUGUUGGAGCCACAGAGCUGACUGAAUCUAUGUUAUCGGCUAUCGGUACCACCUAUUGAACUUUGCACGCUAUAAACGGAUACUUAAGGUGUAAAAAUUCCUCUUUUUACCAUAAGAUUGAGUGAACAGUGAACAAUCAGAAAAACGUACAAUUUGAUAAAUAUUGACGAAAGUCGUAAAUAUCGCCUUGACCUUUCAACCUAAAUCAAUAUAAGCAGGUCCAAACCAAAACAUUGUGCAUUAAUAAUAGUAAAUUAUAGUAAGCUGGGCAAGAUGCCUUUGAAAGGGUUGAAAGUGAUCGAAUUCUCUGGUUUAGCACCAGGACCAUUUUGUGGAAUGCUGUUGAGAGAUUUUGGUGCAACCGUUAUAAGGAUAGAUAAGAUUGGCCAAAAUGUCGACCUAGAUUGCUUAGGAAAUGGAAAGAAGUCGAUUUGUCUGAAUUUGAAAUCCCCAAAUGCUGUCGAAAUAGUAAAAAAAUUAAGCAGACAAUCUGAUGUACUGAUUGAACCAUUCAGAAAAGGCGUAAUGGAGAAAUUAGGAUUAGGUCCAACGGUUUUACUGGAAGCCAAUCCUCAACUGAUUUACGCCAGGCUUACUGGAUAUGGUCAAGAAGGGCCACUUGCAAGAUGUGCUGGACAUGAUAUCAAUUAUAUUGCAAUAUCAGGCAUACUAUCUCUCUUCAAGCGAAAAGGAGAGCCGCCACUUCCACCAACUAACCUAGCUGCCGAUUUUGGUGGCGGAGGUCUUAUGUGCGCCCUUGGCAUACUACUGGCCCUCCUAGAAAGAAGCAAAUCUGGUUUGGGUCAAGUUGUGGAUAACAGCAUGGUACACGGAUCUGCUUAUUUGGGCAGUUGGUUGUUUCGAUCUCAGAACUUGCCUAUAUGGGGAAACAGGCCAGGGGAGAAUAUUUUAGACUCGGGUGCACACUUUUAUCAGGUGUAUCGGACAAAGGACGAUAAACAUCUUGCCGUAGGUGCUUUGGAACCGCAGUUCUACGCCGACCUUUUGAAGGGUUUGGGGCUAACAGAACAACAGGCGCCACAAUUUGGCGAUUUCGAUGAGUUGAAAACCUUGUUUGGCGAUAUAUUCAAACAGAAAACACGUGAAGAAUGGGAGGAUAUCUUCAGUGAACUGGACGCAUGUGUUACGCCUGUGCUGGAGCUUGACGAAGCACCUAAACAUGCUCAUAAUUCAUUACAAGGCACUUUCAGUGAAACUGAAGGAAAAAUAGUUCCAAAUCCAGCUCCAAAAUUGAGCAGAACUGCUGGUAGAUCAAUGGGCAUGGAAAAACUAGCUCGCAGAGGCGAACAUACAAGAGAAGUACUGGCGGAACUGGGGUUCUCAUUGCAAGAAAUAAAGAAAUUGGAAGACAGUAAAUCCAUAGAAUGUUAUUCUGGUUCUAAACUGUGAUUACCGUCUAAAAAACAUUGUGGACUAUAUAUCGCAUAUGGAAAUCGCGCUCUUUUCAAGAAAUCGAAGUAUGUCUGGAUCAUUUCUCUCUGACUGUCAGCGUAUGCCGACCUCAGAUCUAAAAGGUGAAUGGAAUUAAAAGGAUCUGCUGAGCCCCACUCAUCCUGCUUUACCAAUAAAACCCUGAACAGGAAUUGUAAAAUAGGUAUAUAUGCAUUUACAGCUAUAUUUUUGUAGGACAAUGUUGUGGGAUGUUAAUUAAAACUCAAUAAAAGAUGUAUGUAUUGUUCGAGUUCUCAUUA